UGCCACAAAUUGUCUACUUCCAUGUUGCUGGUAGCACAAGUCUUUUAUAGAACAUUGUUUCCCUUUUUGUCUCAGAAUUUAGUAGGCUGCGAAAUACUUUACUGCUCUGUUUCUAUUUUUGCCCCAUCCCUUUCACUCUCUCCAUCUACCUGUCACACUGUAUAUAGCUGUGCUGGAUCAGUGAAAGCUAGAACACUAACAGCUGAGAGAGAGAGAGAGAGAGAGACACACACACACACAUAGUGAGAGCUAGGGAGGUGGAACAGAAGGCAUGUGAGUGUCCUGGUAGCAUGGUAGAGUGCUGGACUUUGGCACUGGCCAUCAAUCUGUCACUUUCUUACAUCCUCUCUGGUACCGACGGGUCAUGGCAAUGGCAGCCUGUGACGGAUGACUAAUCUUCUCCUGGUAAUGAAUGAGACACCACCCCCCUGAAUGCCAAAAGAGUGCUGAUUGUGAGGGUGGCUGCCUCAUGGCAAUACAGGAGUCUUAUUAUGAAUGCUAUGCAAUCAUGUUACUCUGUGUCUGUGCCAACCAAACGCAGUAGCUCCCAGUUUAUGAGAGUAUAGUCGUGUCUCGAACACGGCGACGUGCGGUAGCGCUAUUAAUUGCGCUUCUUUCUCUCAUCUUCUGUGCUUGUGUGUGAGGGAAUUAGGCAGAGGAAGGCAGCGCGUAAAUGAAUCAGAGCAUAGUAAAAGUCACUGCACGGGCUUUAACGAUGGAAACACGUCGUGUGCAGGUGGAAAAAGGAGACGUUGCUGUUAAGGAUGAUGCAUGUGCUGUUCUGUCAGGCUGAAGGGGAGCUCUGUAGCCGCGCUAGUCAAAUCGUCUUGACUGCGUGUGUUGAGUAGCUGAGACCUGUCUUAUCUUCACCUCAUAAUGCGCAGGCGUGAUCCUAUCUGAGCCCCGCAAAAAAAAAAAAAAAAAAAGAAAAGAAAAAAAAGCUGUUACCGUCACAAGUAGACGACGUGCUCUUCAGUGGUGCUCAAGCGAACGCUGAAUUCUUAUUAUAGUAAUUAUUUUUUAGUAGGCUACAUGUAUAUGGCACAUCGCCCGGAACACUGCUGGAAAAUGAAGAUUUGCUUGCCAGCUAAUCUUUCCGGACAGCACAGUCCAACCUGUGGAUAGUGCCGAGCGCGUCUGUGGCCACCGGCCAGUCUCCUCCGCUAUCUGGGACGCUCUGCCUUGAGUCUGUUGUGCGCGUCUUUUUACGUUUGCAUCCCGGGGUCUGUGUCGGCGCGGGAUCCGCUGUUCUGUUUAAGCUAAGCUGUGAGCAGGUAUUCAGUUUAUGAAUGGCACUGACAUGGAGGAAAUACCGUUUCAGAAAGUCAAAACCAGGCGGAAGAGAAGUCACUGUCCACCGGGUGUCCCUUUGACCACCAUCGUAUGCGAGGACGAGUUCGACUGCAAAGAACUCGAGUCUCUCUUCCAGAACUACAACCUGAAACUGGAGCAGACGUCCACUCUCAAAGCCCUGGCCGUGCUCAUAUUCUUGUCCUCGACGCUGGCUGUGGUGGAGUUGCUGUCCGGCCCCAGCAUCACCAUCUCCAAGGGGUCCCAUCCGGUCCACUGUGUCAUCUUCGUGUCCCUGUUUAUUGUAACUAAUGUCAAGUACCUGCAAGUGACUCAGCUCCAACAGAUUGUUAACCUGACGCUGCUCUUCGGGUUUACUUUCUCCUUCCUUUGCUGUCCCUUCUCCCUGGGCGCCAUGGGGCUAGAGCCCCCGACGUCCCCGGAGCAAGGCAUGUGGCAGCUCAUCCUGGUCACCUUCGUCGCCUAUGCGCUGCUACCUGUACGGACGCUUUUGGCUGUUGUGUUUGGAAUAAUGGUGUCCAUCUCCCAUUUGAUUGUGACUGCCACUUCCGUCACAGUGAAAACACAAAAACUAUGGAGAACAUUGGUUGCCAACACAGUACUGUUCACCAGUGUCAACCUGUCAGGGCUGUUUGUACGCAUCCUAACAGAACGAGCCCAGAGGAAGGCCUUCCUGCAGGCUCGCAACUGCAUCGAAGAAAGACUCCGCAUGGAGGAUGAGAACGAAAAACAGGAGCGCCUGCUAAUGAGUCUGUUGCCCAGGAAUGUAGCUAUGGAGAUGAAGGAGGAUUUCCUGAAGCCCCCAGAAAGGAUCUUUCACAAAAUCUAUAUCCAGCGUCAUGACAAUGUCAGCAUCCUGUUUGCAGAUAUUGUUGGCUUCACCAGCCUGGCCUCUCAGUGUACAGCCCAGGAACUGGUUAAACUAUUAAAUGAACUGUUUGGAAAAUUUGAUGAGCUUGCCACGGAGAACCACUGUCGCAGGAUUAAGAUCCUGGGAGAUUGUUACUACUGUGUGUCUGGACUGACACAACCCAAGACCGACCACGCCCACUGCUGUGUAGAAAUGGGUCUCGAUAUGAUUGACACCAUAACGUCAGUAGCAGAGGCCACAGAAGUCAACCUAAACAUGCGCGUGGGCUUGCAUACCGGUCGAGUGUUGUGUGGAGUGCUGGGUCUUAGGAAAUGGCAGUAUGAUGUGUGGUCAAAUGAUGUGACUCUGGCCAAUGUGAUGGAAGCUGGAGGACUACCUGGGAAAGUUCACAUUACCAGAUCUACACUCGAGUGCCUAAACGGAGACUAUGAGGUGGAGCCUGGAAACGGCCAUGAAAGGAGCGCCUUCCUUCAAAAACAUGAAAUCGAAACCUUCUUUAUAGUGCCAUCUCACCGACGGAAGAUAUUCCCAGGAUUGAUUCUUUCGGAUAUAAAGCCCGCCAAAAAGAUGAAGUUCAAAACUGUGUGCUACUUACUAGUGCAGCUUAUGCACUGCAGGAAGAUGUUCAAGGCUGAGAUUCCCUUCUCCAAUGUCAUGAACUGCGAGGACGGUGAUAAGCGGAGGGCCAUGCGAACGGCUCCACAGAAAAUGAGGAACCGCUCCAACGCUAACCAGGCUAAUGUGAUCCAGAGCAGCCCCAGAACACGGGUCAACCGCUACAUCGGUCGGCUGAUUGAAGCCCGUCAGACCGAGUCUGACACGGCAGACCUCAACUUCCUCACGCUCAUGUAUAAAUGCUCUGAGCGUGAGCACAGGUACCACCAGGUGCCUGAUGAGUACUUCACCAGCGCAGUGGUCCUCUCCCUGAUCCUAGCUGCUUUGUUUGGCCUUGUCUAUCUUCUCAUCAUACCACAGGGCACAGUGGUGCUAGUUCUUCUCGUCUUCUGCAUCUGUUUCCUUGUAGCUUGUAUCAUGUACCUCCAUAUCACUAGAAUACAGUGUUUUCCAGGGUGCCUGACCAUUCAGAUUCGCACUGCUCUCUGUAUUCUCAUAGUGCUCUUAAUCUACGCUGUGGCCCAGGCCUGUGUGGUGGGCUGCAUGCCCUGGCUGUGGGGUAGUGCCAAUACAAACAGUUCCAUCAUCAUCAUUGAUGUGGAUAGCGGCGCCAACCACACCAUGGCAGAACUUCCUUGUGACGGCGCCCGCUACGCCUUUCUCUCAUGUGUGGUGGGCACACUUACCCUGGCACUUUUCUUGCGCGUCUCCUGGAUGCCAAAGAUGGCGCUAAUGCUUCUUCUGGGGGUGCUGUAUCUCACCGUGUUGGAGCUCAGCGGCUUUCGCAAGACUGCAGGUGGGGGGUCCUUCCACAUCCGGGGCUAUGAGCCCAUCCUGUCUCUGUUGCUCUUUGUCAGUGCCCUUGCCCUCCACUCCAGGCAACUUGACCUCAAACUACGUCUGGACUUCCUAUGGGCUGUACAGGCGGAGGAGGAAAGAGAUGGAAUGGAGAAAGUAAAGCUGGACAACAGGAGGAUCCUCUUCAAUCUGCUGCCUGCACACGUGGCUCAACACUUCUUAAUGUCAAACCCAAGAAACAUGGUGAGCCACGAUAAUAGACAGGCAGGCAGGCAGACAGACAAACAGGAUCUGUACUAUCAGUCCUACGCACAAGUUGGCGUCCUAUUUGCCUCAAUCCCAAACUUCAACGAUUUCUACAUCGAGCUGGAUGGUAACAACAUGGGAGUGGAAUGCUUGAGGCUACUGAACGAGAUCAUUGCUGACUUUGACGAGCUCAUGGAUAAGGAGUGCUACAAAGACAUAGAGAAAAUCAAAACCAUUGGCAGCACAUACAUGGCAGCUGUGGGACUCGUCCCCACCAUUGGGACCAAGAACAAGAAAUCUGUGUACGACCAUCUGAGCACCAUAGCAGACUACGCCAUUGAAAUGUUUGAUGUUUUGGAUGAAAUCAAUUAUCAGUCAUACAACGAGUUUGUCCUGAGAGUUGGAAUCAAUGUGGGUCCAGUGGUUGCAGGGGUGAUUGGAGCACGGCGACCUCAGUACGAUAUCUGGGGUAACACGGUCAAUGUGGCCAGUCGAAUGGACAGCACUGGAGUACCUGGGAAAAUACAGGUGACUGAGGAGGUUUAUCGGCUACUGAAUACCAACUAUGACCUGGUUUGCCGCGGCAAGGUCAGUGUAAAAGGCAAAGGUGAGAUGCUGACCUACUUCCUGGAAGGGAAGGUUCAGGGAGUGGGCACUGCAACCACUUCUUCGGUGAUGCGUUCCGCCAGCCUGGCACGUCGGAUCCACUCCUGUGGAAAGACGAGCGUCCCGACCAAUCUGGCCAGCGUGUCCUCUGCUGCCAGCCUCACUGCUCAUCCCGGCAUGGGUAGCAACAUGCAGAUGAACACUGCCAACAGCAGCAGCAACAGCCAAGCCGCAUGCCAACCCUCAUCCUGUGUGCCCGCAGUGGGUAAGGUUGAUGAAGAGAGGGCUGUAGAGGUGACAGAGAUUGAAAUUGAGACGGUGGCAGCUGCUGCAGAUGUGUCAGUGUAGGAAGAAAGAAAAUAUAUUCAUCUUAAAUAAAGCAAGAAAACCUGGUUGGAGGACUAGAAGCGUCUAGUCUGUACUGGCACAACCCAGGAUACACCCAUUCAGGAUGUGAACUUCCAGAAAUAUGAAGUCAUUGUAUGGAUAAUCAUACUUGCUUUAGGGAUUUUUAACUGCUUGCCACUUUUCAGAGACAAAAUGCAGAGUGCAGAGACGGGUACCCGGAAUCUCAAAUCCUCUUUUAACAUCUCUGUAACAGAUGAUUAGAUGUGUGGUUUUGUUGGGUUCCAUCAGAUCCAGGUAUAAUGAGCAUAUUUAUUUUUUACUAUGUUGUACAUAUUCCGUGUUCGGGGGAUAUGUGCGUUGAUAUCCAGAAAGAGACUGAUCAUGCUAUUGCUUUUGCACUGUCUUUCUUAUUAUGCCAAGGAUUCAUUGCGUUAUUUAGCGUAAAAUGGUGUUGUUUCUUUUUGGUGUAUGUAAGCAUGCAAGUGUGUACUUGUGAGUGUGCGUAUGCAUGUGUGGUCAAUUCUUAAUUGUAACAAAACAGCACAAAACAGUCUCUUUUCUUUUUCUUUUUUUUACUUGGAGCUCACUGGAUGAAAUAUGCUUUUUAUGAUACAUAUUUACAAUUAAUAGUGCAUGACUUUUUAAAAGUUGACAGCCAUAGUAAUGAUACUCCUGUUGAAAGAAAACCAAAGUACCGAGCUUUCCAUAGAUCACUAGCGAUACUUAUAUUGCCUCAACAAAGAUGAGAGAGAAAGUUGCAGUAGAUGUUUACCACAUGCUCGAUCACUGGUAGAAGACAAAGGUGUGUUUUAAACCCUGGAAAGACAAAAUCAGUUUUCCUUAAUACAUGACAUUCUUUUGUAUUGUAGUGCAAUAUGGCAUGUACACAUAAUACACAGAUAGGGGCAGCUUUGUUGAUGAGGAGGCAAAAAGAUAAUACGAGGAAAAGACAAAGGUUAACAAACCUAAACAGAAGUCAUACUGAGUUGGAUUUGUGCUUCUAUGGAUGCUAGUUUAUGCCAAAAUGGGACCAGCGAUGGAGUAUUGUAGAACAUCACACAGAGGGCCCACGCAUCCUUACAUACAGAUAUCUAAAGGAGUUAAGAAUGGCAUUCAUCCACACAGAAGAGAGCAUAUACUAUAAGCACAUGACUUCCACAAAUGCAUGACUAACUCCUUUAGCCUAAACAUUUCAAAUGCUGUAAGUACUUUCAAACAUUUCCUUGAGGCCACAGAAGAUUUCCUGCAGUGUCUCGCUGCUGUCGUCUUUCAGGCAUACACAUUACUGUACUAUUGCUUUUUGUUAUCUAGCAGCUACAUUUUUGAGUUUUCCUCGAGAAAUUUUAGCUUUAGCACAUCUCUCAGAUAUACUGGCAGAAACAUGAUGCGCUUCAGAUUAUCUUUAUAGCCUGUAUCUUUAUCAGCACAUAGAACUUUCACUCGAUCUGCAAAAGUGUAAAUACAUCACGUUUCAAGUUCUUGCCUUACUCAAUAAGCUUACAGUGAUUGCAACUUGCCUUUUUAGAUAUAUUCACUUUGAUAUGCAGAUCAUACUUUUUGUAAAUAGUCAAAAGUUGUAAACUAUGUUGUAUCUUGUACAGUGUAAAGUUGGGUUAUUGAAUAUUUUGUAAUAAAGACAAUAUUGGUGUAUAAAAUA